AUGAAAUUAUUAUUUAUUAUUGCACUAUUAGUGUUAGGUAAUACAUAGUGGAUCACAACAUAUGAGGCAUUCUAGAAGGAAGAAUUUGAUUCUUUGGAUGGUUGGGUGAUAUAAAAUUAAUUUGAAGCAACUACAGAUAUAAUUACAAAAUGUAGUGGUAAGAAUAUUGUGGGGGGAUUCAAGAGUUUCGGUACAAAAAGUACAGCAACUAAAUUGAUGAAAAUACCACCUCAUUACAAGUUAAAGUUCAAUCUGCAACUAUGGAAAAUUGGAGAAUGGGAAAAUGAUGUAUUUUCUGUUUAUGUGGAUGGAGUUCCUUGGGAAAUGAAGUGGGGAUUUACUGAAGGAGGAAUACGUCUAUGUGGAGGAUCCGAAUCAAAAAAUAGUGAUAAGGUUUUCGAUGUUGAGUUUGAAAUACUUCAUAAUUCACCCACAGUUACAACUGUUUUGGCUACCACUUCUUAAGGAAAAGCAGACGUUUAAGCUUGGGGAUUUAGACAAAUGAAAAUAUCUCUUAUUCCAUGUCCAUCAGAGUGUGGCAUAUGUCAUAAUGACAAAGUGUAAGAGUGCAAACAUUGGAAUCAAGAGGCAUUGAGUUGGUUCCAUGUAGAUACCAAAUUGGAAGGAUGGAAAUUAGAGAAUGGUAAACCAAAAGGAUAUGAAUGUUCUGGAAUUGUAAUAUUUGGAGGAUAUGAAAAUGUUGGUGCUAAAGCUUUAUUGUCAAAUACAAUUACAAACUUAGUCCCUCAUAGUAAAAUUAUGGUGAAAUUUACUUUUUGGAAGAUUGAUUUAUGGGAUAAUGAAGAAUUCUAUGUGAAAAUUGACGACAAAUAAGUCUAGAAAUUGGCAUUCUAAAAAACAGAUGGAAUUGACUUGUGUGGAGCGUAAGACAUUCCCUAUAUAUUAAAAAUUGUAUCAAUUGAGAUUAUUUAAAAACAUUCAAGUCCAACUUUAACUAUAUCCUUUACUACUUCAUUGAAAAAUGACCCUGAUGAAUAGUCAUGGGGAGUUAGGGAUUUCUUUUUGUUUGCAGCAUAAUGCACAAAGUUUUGUGAAGAAUGUGUUGGAACAGCUGAAAAUGAAUGUACCAAAUGUUAACCAACACAUUUAUUGUAAGAUGGAAAAUGUAUUAACAAAAAUGAAUGGUAUAUCUUAUCUAAAGAGUUCUUUACUCCUGAGUAAUUUAAUAAAGUUGAUGGAUGGACAUUUUAGGAUCUUGAUGCUGCUGCUCCAAAUCCACCAACUUCACAAUGUGGAGAUUUAGGAUUAGUAGGAGGAUACAAAGCUUUUGGAAAAAAAGCAUCAGUUUAAAAAGUGUUUCAAUUACCAAAACAUGAUUUUGUUAGAAUUAAAGCAACUGUAUAUAAAAUUGAUUAAUGGGAUGGAGAAGAAUUGACAAUGUUUGUUGAUAACUAAGAAUUUUGGAGUUAAUUUUUGGGUUGGAAUGAUCCUGGUUAAAGUGAUAUUUGCGGUAAUUAGAAUGGAAAUUGGAAAGAAAGAAUAAUGAAAAUUGAUAAAAUCAUUCCUCAUUCUUAAUCAGAAUUGACUGUGGAUUUCAAAAGCACAUUAUCAAAGACUGCAGACGAAGCUUCAUGGGGAUUCAGAGAGUUUCUACUCUUAUAUUCACCAUUAAAGGAGUGCAUUGAAGUCUUUAGUGAAUGUAACUACAAAGGAUAAUCAUCUAGGAUUUGUGACAAUCUUGAAUCACUUAAAGAUGGAUAAAUAGAAUUUGAUAUAAAAUCUAUCAAAAUUCCUGAAGGCUUGAAAAUCACAGGAUUCAAGAACCCUGGAUUCAAAGGAGAUAGAAAUGCAUUGACACAAUAGAAUUCUCUUUGA